CAUCAGCUAUACGGCUCAGGAGUAUGUUGAAAGUCUUGAAGGAUGUGAAGGAUUAGCCGAUCGACUUGCCCGCACGUCCCAACAGGGUCAAGACCAGAUGGAUGACAAGAAAACAAAAAAGUUGAUUUAUCCUGAGCAUCUACCUUUGACAAAAAUACAAGUUGGAUUAAAAAGUGGCAAGUACCUACAGGGUGCAUUUCACAGAAGUAGAGAAAACUACACUGAAGCUUAUGUAUUUGUUCAUGAUGAUGACAAGCAGAUUUUUCUCCAAGGACUGGUAAAUCUCAACCGUGCAGUCCAUGAAGAUAUUGUUGCUGUGGAGAUCCUACCAAAAAAACAAUGGACCUGUCCAUCAUCAGUUGUAACUACAACCUUGCCGACUGGUGAUGAUGAUAAUGAUGAUGAUGAUAGUGACCUUAUGACUGAGUCACAAAAAGAGGGAACAAAUAAAGUGUUGUCAGGAAAAGUUGUCGGGAUCAUUAAGAGAAACUGGCGUCCAUACUGUGGCAUCCUGUCCAAGUCAGCCAAGCCAGAGGGUACAAGACACCUGUUUGUGGCAGCAGAAAGAAGAAUUCCCAGGAUUGUGAUUGAAACACGUCAGGCAGCCUCGCUUGAAGGACAGAGAAUUGUGGUUAGCAUUGAUUCAUGGCCUCAGCAUUCUAAAUAUCCUGUGGGCCAUUUUGUCCGAAAACUUGGUGCCAUCGGUGACAAAGAAACAGAGAAUGAGGUGUUACUGUUGGAACGAGAUGUACCACACUUACCGUUCUCUGCGGCGGUGCAAAAGGACCUUCCUGUUAUGCCAUGGAAAAUCACAGAUGAGGAUGUGGAAAGUCGUUUGGACCUGCGCCAUCUUGCCGUGUGCAGUAUUGAUCCUCCGGGAUGUACAGAUAUCGACGACGCCUUGCAUUGGAGAUUGUUGGAGAAUGGAAACUAUGAGGUUGGUGUGCACAUUGCAGACGUGACGCAUUUCAUCAGACCAGGCACAGCUCUAGAUGAUGAAGCUGCCAACAGAGCAACUACUGUCUACCUCACAGAUAAGCGUAUUGACAUGGUACCAGGACUCCUCAGCUCCGAUCUGUGUUCCUUGAGAUCUAAUGUGGACAGACUGGCGUUCUCCUCCAUCUGGGAAAUGACACCACAGGCUGAAAUUGUCACUACAAAAUUCACGAAAAGCAUCAUCUGUUCAAGAAUGUCCUUCACGUAUGCUGAAGCUCAAAUGCGAAUUGACGAUCCAAGCCAAGAUGAUGAAAUAACCCAGAGUCUGAGACAUCUCAACCAACUGGCAAAGAUUCUUAAGCAGAAGAGGAUCGAGCAGGGAGCCUUAACUCUCGCAUCCCCAGAAGUUCGUUUCCAUAUCGAUAGCGAAACACACGACCCUGUGGAUCUACAGACAAAGGAGCUUAAAGAAACUAAUUCCCUCGUGGAGGAGUUCAUGUUAUUAGCCAACAUUUCAGUGGCCAAGAAAAUUUUUCAACAUUUUCCGGAAUUUGCUGUUUUAAGGAGACAUCCUUCGCCCCCUCCUGCAAACUACGAUAUCCUGGUGAAAGCUGCACGCUCUAAGGGAAUUCAUCUUGAGGUGGAUAGUGCCAAGUCCCUCGCGGUUUCUUUGAAUGCUGCUCACAUCCCGGAUGAACCUUACUUCAACACGCUGCUCCGUGUUAUGGCGACUCGAUGCAUGAUGCAAGCGGUUUACUUCUGUUCCGGCAUGAUUGCUGAAGAAGACUUUCAACAUUAUGGUCUGGCUACUCCAAUUUAUACUCAUUUUACGUCACCAAUCAGAAGAUACUCGGACAUCAUGGUGCAUCGGUUGUUAGCUGUUGCAAUUGGAGCGUUGGAUUCGUAUCCAGAUCUCCUCAGCAAAGUUAAAACGCAGAAACUCUGUAAUCACCUGAAUUUCCGCCACAAAAUGGCUCAGUAUGCAGCCCGGGAUUCCAUUGAUUUGCAUUGUCAGCUGUUUUUCCAAGGAAAAGCCGUAACAGAGGAGGAGGCGUUUGUUCUAUUUGUUCGCAAGAAUGCCCUUCAAGUUCUGAUUCCAAAGUACGGCCUGGAGGGAACAGUGUUCAUGGACAAACAAACUGAUUCAGCCGUUACCUUCAACCAAGAGGAACCAUCACUGAAAGUUGGUGACGUCACGUACCGUUUGUUUGACCGAGUGACUGUGAACAUUCAGCUGGACAAGUCCUCGACAGAGAAUAGAUUUUUAUCCUUCAGCUUCAGUUCACAAAAGAUAUAUAUUUUUUGGCUAAUUAGGACAACAGUGCAGAAGAUGGCAACGAACCUGUCACCAAGAAGACCAAGUUUGGUUGAAAUAAACAUCCGUUAUAACAAAGAGAACAGCAAGUUCCUGCUAAAACAGAUAAGCACGGGACACCAGUCUGAGGAAAAUAGAAAGGACGAGCAAGUUCCUGCUAAAACAGAUAAACACAGGACGCCAGUCUGAGGAAAAUAGAAAAAACGACAACAAAAUGAGUGCGUGUAAGAAAAUGCGUCACUCAAGUGACGAUGAAGCCACUCAGAAGCAAAGAAGAAAGUUUGACCGGACAAGAAUGCAAUAAUAAAUAGACACAUCUUUUUUCAAAUAACUUUUAAUUUUUUAAUUUGAUAUCAAAUUAUUGUACGAUAAUCGUCAACGAUCAUCAAUCGUCUUCCCGUUCACCCGACUGUACAGGAAAAAGAUAAUAAAAACGUCUGCAAAUACACGUAGCAACGUUUUGCGUUUGCCAACUCAACCGCGUUCCGAGGCUCUCUCGACAAGGGAGGUAGAGGAGAGAGAGGCUGGGGAAACUCCAACGAGUUUCGACUUUACUUUUGAUUUCAAUCAUCGGCUAUGUUACAUCUAUCUACAUUUAAGAUCUCUCCUCGUCUACCUGUCGUCACGCUGAUCGCACAGCAGACAACAUUGUGUGACUUCCCAAGUACUUUACACAACAGCUACAUUUGCAGUUAAUCAGUUAAUUUCGUGAUAGUUGUAAUAAUGGCAAUUACCGUGGCGAAAUGUCCCUCAUUCUCUAAGAUAUGUUCCAGUGUGAAAUAAUUUUCGAAACUGUAACCCUUGUACUCAGAAGCCAAUCGUUAAAGCUGCCAAAGAAACUCUUCAUAUGUCUUAAAACAAUUUUUCAUUCUUACGAAGAAUGCUUUUGCUCAAAGUGCUUGUGAAAUAUUUUUUUCAUUUUUUAAGAUGUUUUCGGCUCGCGUGGUAUUCACUUUUCUUUGGAGCCGUGAAGUUAAAAAUUUAUUUGCUCAAUACAUGCCUUUUAUAGCGCUGUCAAAUACAUUUCCAUUGCCAAAUUAGCUUGUGUAGAAAUGCAGCAAAGUAUCAUAUAAACUUUUGUUAUGAUAACUUCACGAGCACUUUAAGAUACGGUUAAGGCCACAUAAAGCCUUUGUUAAACAAGUGUCCAUUUUAAUCCAACUACAUAGAUAUAGUUGUAGCUGGUGCCAAACGUUUUUCUUUAAUAUAUAAAACAGUUCUCAUUGUCGAAAAGUACGGCCGUGGGUCAAGCAAGCUACAGAGUUGCUAAGUGGCUGGAGGUGUCAGACAUGCUGAGCUGAUCUAAUUUUUUGAGUUUGUCUGGAAUAAAAACGUUUUCUUGCUCCCUGCUCUAAGAGCGAUUUCAAUUUAGCUACGUAGAAAUUAGCUGCAUUAAAUAGUAUAGGCCGCCUAUUAAAAGAACAUGGAAUUUUUCUAAGCGAGUUCACUGAGGAAUUGUGCUAACAUUGGAUACCUUGUCAAAGGUAAAUUAAAUACAACAUAAUGUUCACUGUAUUUACAUUCUUGAAAUAACCUUUGCAAAUAAAGGUCAAAAUGUCCUUCUC